GUCAACUGUGGCUCACAACGCCAGACCAAAGCAUAAGGAUUAACACACAAACAUGGUGAAGCACAUUUAUCUAACACUAGCUGCUUUGCUUUGCUUGGCGCUUGCUGUCAGCGCUGCGCCUGUUUCGGAUCUGGUGGAUGCUGCUGACUUUCCAUACUCACGCAAAGUGGCUGCAGCACAGGCAGUUGACUCUAGCAUGGAUAGCGAUGAGCUGACGGCGCAGAAGCAGUCCAAUGACUCUGCUGAGGAUGAUGAUGAUGAAGACGAGGCGGAGGACGAUGACGACGAUGAUGAUGAUGAUUCGUUUAUACGCAGACGUCGUGAGGCAGUUGAAGAGCCCGCCAAAAUGGAGCAGCAGCCUGCUAAGGUGGAAGAGCAGCCUGCCAAGCAGUCAGAGAAAGAGGAAGCUGCAACUGAAACUGCGCCCACUGCUGCUGUCAGCUCCACCACCCGCAAGCCUGUCCUCGUGCUCAUACAUGAUGCUCUACAAAAGGUCACCACCAAGCUGCCCACGGAUCAGGUGGCCAACAAUGCGCUGCAUUACUUCCAGCUGUUUGAGCAUUUCAUACAGCAAACCAUUGAGCAGGUCAUUGAUGCUGCCGACGAGGAUGAGGAUGAGCCAGCAGCGGGCGUUACCGCGCUGCCUGCAACUGAAAGCGCUGACAAGCAGCCAGAGCCAGCAGCUGAACUGCCUGCACCAGUCAUCGAAACUAGCGAGCAGCCAGCAGCCCCAGCUGUUGAGCCAGUCGCUGCUCCAGCUGCUGCCAGCAAUGCAGUCUAAGU